CAGGCUGGAGGAUUGAGGUGGCCCACGUCUUCAUCCCUCUACUUCGUCGUCUCCUAAUCUUCUUCCCUGAGUUUUAUCAAAAACCUCGCUUCGCUACCCCCUUCACUCAUUCUAGAUUUCUCGAUCUACAAAUACAAUUAUUAAUUUGGUAUUCUUUACAUCACUUCGAUCGUUAUGUCUCAGGUGAAUGAGAAAGAUGCCGCGGUCAAGCCUACCACCGUAAAAGAAGAGAAGAAGACAUUGUCUGAAUCAAGCACCUCAGAUGCACAAUCUGGAAGCAUACCUACUAUGCCCACCAUGCCUGGAGCUGGAUUCCCUGCAAAUCCUUUUGACUUUUCAUCUAUGGCUGGUCUACUUAAUGACCCUAGCAUUAAGGAAUUAGCUGAACAGAUAGCAAAAGAUCCAUCAUUCAACCAGAUGGCAGAGCAACUUCAGCAGACUUUUCAUGCUCCUGAUGAAGGUGUCCCCCAAUUUGACACCCAACAGUAUUAUUCCACCAUGCAGCAGGUUAUGCAAAACCCACAGUUCAUGACCAUGGCUGAGCGCCUUGGUAAUGCCAUGAUGCAGGAUCCAUCAAUGUCUCAGAUGCUUGAGAGUCUAUCUAAUCCAGCUCAAAAGGAUCAGCUUGAAGAACGGAUGGCAAGAAUCAAAGAAGAUCCUUCCUUGAAACCCAUUUUAGAAGAGAUUGAAUCCGGUGGCCCAACUGCAAUGAUGAGGUAUUGGAAUGAUCAAGAUGUUCUAAAGAAACUGGGUGAAGCAAUGGGUCUAGCAGUGACUGAAGAUGCUACUACUGCUGGGAAUCCAGUUGCAGGAGCAGAUGAAGCUGAAGAAGAUGCAAAUGAGGAUGAAUCCAUUGUUCAUCAAACUGCUAGUGUUGGUGAUGUUGAGGGUUUGAAGAAGGCACUAGAGUCUGGUGCUGAUAAAGAUGAAGAAGAUUCAGAGGGAAGGACAGCCUUACAUUUUGCCUGUGGAUACGGGGAGGUGAAAUGUGCACAAAUUCUGGUGGAAGCUGGAGCUAAAGUGGAUGCAUUAGACAAAAACAAGAACACAGCCCUCCAUUAUGCAGCUGGCUAUGGCAGGAAAGAAUGUGUAUCCCUCUUGCUGGAUAACGGUGCAGCUGUUACUCUGCAAAACAUGGAUGGGAAAACACCUAUUGAUGUUGCAAAACUCAACAACCAGAGCGAUGUAUUGAAGCUGCUUGAGAAGGAUGCUUUCCUAUAGAAGCCAACCCCCAUUGUUUUGUUGGUGAAUGAAUAUGUACACUUGUCAUGUUUGUUACAAGAUUUUUUAGUCUGUGUUUUCUGUUUGAUGAUGGUUUUCUUCUACUUUUGUUGUGUUUUCUAGUAUAAUUAAGGGAAAUAUUUGGCAUCCUUUUGGUGAAAGUUUGUUUGUGUGGAAUCAAUUGAGUUAUAAUUAUUAUAAUGGAUGUUAUGUUAAUUUGUAUGCA